CGGAGGGCGGGAGGGGAGGAGGCGGAGGGCCGCGCCGAGCCAGGUGCGCACGUCCGCGCCGGCGCUGGGCUUGCUCGGCCGGCAGGGAGAGCGGAGCAGGCGCGCGGCCCGGCGGAGCAGCCGACUCUGGAGCAGCCGGAGCUGGAGGAGGAGGAGGAGGAGCGGCGGCGGGGAAGGAGGAGGAGGCGGAGAGUCGCUCCCGCCGGCCGAGCAUGGGGCGCCCGGCGCCGAGGCCCCUGCUGCUGGCGCUCCUGUCGCUGGCUGUUUGCCGUGGCCGUGUGGUGAGAGUCCCUGCGGGCAGCCUGGUUCGAGUGGUGGGCACCGAACUGGUGAUCCCCUGUAACGUCAGCGACUACGAUGGCCCCAGCGAGCAAAACUUUGACUGGAGCUUCUCGUCUUCGGGGAGCAGCUUUGUGGAGCUGGCCAGCACCUGGGAAGUGGGCUUCCCAGCACAGCUGUACCGGGAGCGGCUGCAGCGGGGCGACAUCCUGUUGAGGAGAACUGCCAAUGAUGCCGUGGAGCUGCACAUAAAGAACGUCCAGCCCUCAGACCAGGGCCACUACAAGUGCUCAACCCCCAGCACGGACGCCACCGUCCAGGGCAACUAUGAGGACACGGUGCAGGUUAAAGUGCUGGCAGAUGCCCUGGCGGUGGGCCCCAGCUCCCGGCCUCCUCCAGGCCUGAGCCUGCGUGAGGGGGAGCCUUUUGAGCUCCGCUGUGUCGCCUCGACCACGUCACCGUUGCACACUCACCUGGCACUUCGGUGGGAGCUGCACCGCGGCCCAGCGCUCCGCAGCAUCAUAGCCCUGAGCCACGAGGGCAGGUUUCACCCAGGCCCUGGCUAUGAGCAGCGCUACCACAGUGGGGAUGUACGCCUGGACACCGCGGGCAGCGACGCCUACCGCCUCUCUGUGGCCCGGGCGCUCUCUGCAGACCAGGGAUCCUACAGGUGUGUGGUCAGCGAGUGGAUCACAGAGCAAGGCAGCUGGCAAGAAAUCCAGGAGAAAGCUGUGGAAGUGGCUACCGUGGUGAUCCAGCCGACAGCGCUGCAGUUGGCUGUGCCCAGGACAGUGUCUGUGACUGAAGGGAAGGACCUGGACCUUUCUUGCAACAUCACGACAGACCGGGUGGAUGAUGUCCGACCCGAGGUGACAUGGUACUUCAGAAAGACACCCGAUGCCUCCUUGCUUGCCUCCCACAUGCUGGCUCGGCUGGACCGUGACUCCCUGGUACACAGUUCACCACACGUUGCUCUCAGCCAUGUGGAUACCCGCUCCUACCAUCUACUGGUGCGAGAUGCUAGCAAAGAAAACUCUGGGUACUACCUUUGCCUCGUGGCCCUCUGGGCUCCCGGACACAACAGGAGCUGGCACAAGGUGGCAGAGGCCAUGUCUGCCCCGGCUGGUGUAAGCGUGACCUGGCUAGAGCCAGAAUACCAGGUCUACUUGAACGCGUCUAAGGUCCCUGGAUUUUCAGAUGACCCCACAGAACUGCAAUGCCGGGUGGUGGACAUGAAGCGCGUGGAGGCUGGCGUCCGACUUACCGUGUCGUGGUACUACCGAAUGAACCGUCGCAGUGACGAUGUGGUGGCCAGUGAGCUUCUUGCAGUCAUGGAUGGGGACUGGACUCUGAGAUACGGAGAGAGGAGCAAGCAGCGGGCCCAGGGUGGAGAGUUUAUUUUUUCUAAGGAGCACACAGACACGUUCAGUUUCCGGAUCCAAAGGACUACAGAGGAAGACAGGGGCAAUUACUACUGUGUUGUGUCUGCCUGGACCAGGCAGAGAAACAACAGCUGGGUAAAAAGUAAGGACGUCUUCUCCAAGCCGGUCAACAUAUUCUGGGCCUCAGAAGAUUCUGUGCUCGUGGUAAAGGCGCGACAGCCAAAGCCCUUCUUUGCUGCGGGGAAUACAUUUGAGAUGACUUGCAAAGUGUCUUCCAAGAAUAUUAAGUCACCACGCUACUCUGUUCUCAUCACGGCUGAGAAGCCUGUUGGGGACCUCUCCAGUCCCAAUGAAACCAAGUACAUCAUCUCCCUGGACCAGGAUUCCGUGGUGAAGCUGGAGAACUGGACCGACGCCUCGCGGGUGGACGGCGUCGUGCUAGAGAAGGUCCAAGAGGAUGAGUUUCGAUACCGAAUGUACCAGACUCAGGUCUCUGAUGCAGGGCUCUACCGCUGCGUGGUGACAGCCUGGUCUCCCAUUGGGGGUAGCUUGUGGCGAGAAGCAGCAACCAGUCUCUCCAAUCCAAUUGAGAUUGACUUCCAAACCUCAGGUCCCGUAUUUAAUGCCUCUGUGCACUCAGACACGCCGUCAGUCACCCGGGGAGAUCUCAUCAAGUUGUUCUGUAUUGUCACUCUGGAAGGAGCAGUGCUGGAUCCAGACGACAUGGCCUUCGAUGUAUCCUGGUUUGCAGUACACUCCUUUGGCUUGGACAAGGAUCCCGUCCUCCUAUCCUCCCUGGACCGGAAGGGAGUCGUGACUACAGGCCAGAGGGACUGGAAGAGUACUCUCAGCCUGGAGCGAGUGAGCGUGCUGGAAUUCCUGCUGCAAGUGCACGGCUCUGAGGACCAGGACUUUGGCAACUACUACUGUUCUGUGACUCCGUGGGUGAGGUCACCGACAGGUUCCUGGCAGAGGGAGGCCGAGAUCCACUCCAGGCCCAUCUUUAUAACUGUGAAGAUGGAUGUGCUGAAUGCCUUCAAGUACCCGCUGCUGAUCGGCGUGGGCCUGUCUACAGUCAUCGGGCUCCUGUCCUGCCUCAUCGGGUACUGCAGUUCUCACUGGUGCUGUAAGAAGGAGGUGCGGGAGACGCGUCGGGAGCGCCGCAGGCUCAUGUCCAUGGAGAUGGACUAAGCGGCCGGCCGCGGAGACAGGGACAGAGAAACAUUGUAGGAAUGGUGGGAGGGGUGAGAAGAGGACCAGUGAUCUUUUCAGACAAAGUGUGUUACACUAAAACCAGUCCUCUCUAAUCUCAGGUGGGACUUGGCGCUCUCUCUUUUCUGCAUGUCAAGUUCUGAGCGCGGACACGUUUACCAGCAGCACACGGCUCUUCUUCCCACGGCACUUUCUGACAUGUAACAAUCGAGUGUGUGUUUCCCCAGCUGCAGCUUUUUAAUGGUUAACCCUGGUCUAAUUAGUUUUCUCCUAGAGGCUUAUUGACCCUCUGAUUUUGUGUGUGUUGAUCACUUUUGAUUUGAGGGGUUGCGGUGAGGAAGGGUGGAGGCGUUCAGAGUUGGUCAUCGUGGGUGAGAGGGUAGGUACCUGCUCACCCGAGAGCCAGCAUCCAUCCACGAGGGACUGGCAUCUGUAGAGUUGCUACCUACUGCCCUCCACGCUGGCCCGGAGCUGAUAAAGACCUGCUACAAGGCAAGCUGUGGCUUUGACUACCCUGCCCAUCCCCCAUUUUCAGGAGUUUAAACUAUAUUAGAACCUAAACUCAAGAGUCCAUGACUUCUUGAUCCACAUGCCUUUUGUGUUUUCCCUUCUUCUCUAGCGUCUUCCGUUUUCGGGUUUGUUUCUGUGAGAAUGAGGAAAUGGCAGCCCUGGAGUCUAGAAUUUGGCUUUCCACCAAGCACCUUAUCUUGCCACCUUAGCCUUAAGAAUGAGUAUGAAGAAAAAUCCACUGCCACCUCUGUCCAGGGCAGAAGGUCUGUGAACAGGAGGACACGGGGGACAAGGGAAGGAAUAGAUGCUCUCUCUCCCUGACAGUUCGAGGCCACUGUGCCCCCAGGGACCCAGGAGGGUAGGAGCAGAGGGCAGCUGAGCCAGGUCCCCUGUCCCUCCUGAGAGGCGCUGUUGCUGGUUGCCACGGGACCGGCACAGUGCCCCACCCCCUCCCCCUUGCCUCGUGAGCUCCUUCACACACAAGCAGAUUGCUGCCUGCAGUACUGACUGGCUUCAAGGAAUCAGAAAUUGCCUAGAGCAAAUGUGUGUUUUCGGUGACCUUUGCAGUCCUUGAAGUCUUCAAGAUCCCUGCAGGGGGUAGUGAAGAGGGGUGUAUUUUGUGGACGUUUGCCUUCGCAUUAGGAAUAUGAAGGGAACCCAGCAAUUUACUGUCAUGUGAGUGGCCUGUAAAGUAGGGGUGCGAGCUGCUGGCGCUGCCUGACUGGGCCCAGCAGGGAUUAGGACAUCAGCCAGACACACCUUUCAGGUCCCCAGGGCCUGCUCCAUCCGGGCCUUGGCCACUCCGAGUCUCUCACCCCAACACAGCACUGGCCUUCCACAAGCCUCCCCUGGGUGCCAAGGCUGGCAGCCAACUGGUGCCCUCACUCUUCCCUCUGGCUCUGAAGGAUUUAACACUGUUGUCUUCCAAAGUGGGGGGUGGGGUGGGGAGAGACUCCUUUGUUUUGAGCAAUAAAGUAAUCCACAUCGUUGGCCAUUCACAGGCAGCUCUUUGUCACUGUGGGCCGGGAUGGCUGAGCUCCCUCCCCACCUCCCCCUCCCCACCUCCUCCCCUGUGGCCCACGGUGGCCUCUGUCUUCUCCACCCAGGUUCCUCUGCUGGCUGUGCCCACCUGGCGACUGUUCUGCUCCUGUGCGGAGUCUCUCAGCCAGAGGGUCCAACCCAGGUGGGUCCAGCCCAGCCAGAAGGGAGACAGCCAUUGCACCCCACGCGAGCAAGAGAGGCCAGCGGAAGAGGGGGAGGCCUUGGCAGAUAUGGGUGUUUCUGUAUGUUACUUCCUUCCUGCUGGUUCAGAGGUGGGGUACAGGUGACUGUACAAACAGGAAUUAGGGGAGUGGAGCCAGGUACUGUGUUAGUGACAGCCUUUGAGCCCUGCAGUUACUGAAGAAGAUUCCGAGUCAUUGUAGCGCAGCCCUCCUUAGGAGGAGAGAGAGACUUAGCCUUGGGUGAGAUGGGCCCUGGGUGCACAUACAGCCACUGAUGGGUCCAAGCCGGCCCUUGAUGGGGAGACAGAGUAGUGUUCGGGCCUACCUUUCCCUUUCUCAACUGGUGUUGAGAUUUGAGCCUGAGUUGCCAAGGCGCUGGCCUUUAUCUUCUGGCCAUGCCCAAACCCCCAAGUUGCUUAGGGCUGGGAGAUGGGCCAGAAACCCCAGGACCUAGUUCCUUUUGGGACUAUUAACAUUCUGGGAACGCAAGUCUUUUUAAGUGUGGUCAAACACUCUUGAUGUACCAAAUAGGGUUCCCCCCAUGAAGUGCUCUUCCUGAGCCACACUCCGCCACCCCACCUCCCCAUUCCCCGGAAGUACUGGUAUGAGGGAAGGCUAAGCCACGCCUUGGCAGAUGAAAUUGCACUUCUUAAAUAGGAACUUUAUAGAAGGUUGGGUUUUUUCCCCUAAUGGCAAAGAUCCUCGCCCCCCCCCCCCAAAGAGCCUAAGCUACAUUCAGAUUGAAGCCUAGAAAUUACUUUAAAUUGUUUACUUUAUGAUGUUUACACACACGAUUCACUUUUUUAAAAAAUAAGAAAAAUGCAAACUCUGGCUUUUUAACAACUUUUCCGAUUUUUCAUGCAUGGGAUAUGCUGGCCCCCUGACUCACCAGCUGGAUUAAAUCCUCAUUUAGAAAUGUCCCGGUGUGUGUGUGUGUCUUCCCCCUCCCAGCCGCAGGGCUUCCUCCUGCCCAGACCUCUGUCUGUCUCUCUGGUGGCUUUUGCCUCCUGCUUUGCAGACCGCCUGCAGCCAUGAUUUUGUGACGGCAUCUGUGAGCCAAAGACUGCGCCUUUGGAGCAGGAACCAUAAGCAAUACUACACGACUCGCUACUUCUGGGGGAAUUUUUUUUUUCCUUUUUUAGCUUCACCGAUGACAACAGAGGAAGAAGGGAAUUAGGGUUUAGGUAAGUUCUCCACUGUGUGACCAUAUUCUCAGUGACACACACGCGUGCAGAUCACCAGGAGAACAAGGUUGGGUUUCUUUUCUAGCGUAUAACACGAGAAUCUGCAGACUUUUCCGUAGACAAAGAGAAGGUCUUGUGUAUUUUUGUCCAUAUCCAGUGUUAUACAAACUAAUUGUGUUGUUUUAUACUGUGGCCACAAAUAUUAUGCAAUGCACCAUUUGUUUUUUGUUUUUUAUUUCAUUAAAGGAAGUUUAAUUUAAAUUGAA